GGUGCCCGGACGCCGCACGGAUCGAGAGGCUGCGGAGGGUGUUGCACCAGGUCCAGGAGCAAGCUGCACGCCAGGCUGCAGUCCGAGCGGCGCCGCGGCCCCGACGGCGAGGCCACUGCAGCCGACGGUCCAGCGGCGGCGGCAGGUCUGCGGCGGCCCCCCGUGACGCCGCCGCCCCUUCGUCUCGCCGCGCGGGGCCGGCCGCGGGGCCGCGCCUGCCCGCGAAUAGCCGCAUGUGA